GAUCUGCGAUUGCCUUCCUUCUUCUCCCAGUGCGGGAAGGGAAGGUCCGCGGGGAAGUGCAACAAUGGCGGGACGAAGCUCAAAGCGCAAGAGAGCGAAGCAUAACGGGGCUCAAAGCGAGCUGAAAGUUAGCAGCUCUGGUACUCAAAAGAAGCAGAAGCCCAACCAAAGUAGUUUUCUCGAUAAGAUGAGGGCGAAGUUGUCCGGCGGGCACUUUAGGAUGAUCAACGAGAAGCUCUACACUUGCACGGGAGAAGAGGCUUUGAAUUAUUUCAAGGAAGACCCAUCGCUGUUCGAUAUGUAUCAUACAGGAUACCAAGCUCAAAUGUCGCAAUGGCCUGAGCAGCCAGUUAACAAAAUCAUAAAAUGGCUGAAAGAUCGCAGCCCGUCUCUGCUAGUUGCUGAUUUUGGCUGCGGGGAUGCUUGCCUUGCGAAAAACGUCAAGAACAAAGUCUUCUCAUUUGAUCUUGUUUCAAAUGACCCUGCAGUAAUAGCUUGUGACAUGGCAAAUACAUGUCUAGAAUCUUCUUCGGUAGAUGUUGCCGUUUUCUGCCUUUCCCUCAUGGGAGUUAAUUACCCGAGUUACCUCACUGAAGCUCACAGGGUUCUCAAGCCAGGCGGAUGGCUUCUUAUAGCAGAAGUAAAGAGCAGGCUAGACCCAAAUACUGGAGGAGCCGAUCCAGACAAGUUUGUCGAUGCUAUCUGUGAGCUCGGGCUUAAGUCAGAACUCAAGGAUUUCUCAAAUAAGAUGUUUGCCUUGUUAUACUUCAAGAAGAAGGAGAAGUCAAACUCAAAAACGAGGGAAAUCGAGUGGCCGGAGUUAAAACCAUGCGUGUACAAGCGCCGGUGAUAAUGAGUCGGCGCAAUGAGCAAUGUUUUCUUUAACUAUUGAUUGUUAAUCCUUGUAAAGGCAGUUGCCGAUCAGCAUGCCUUUUUCGGGGCAUUACGAUGCUCUUAUAGAUGAGAAAUAUGGAGUUGGUUUCAUUGGCGGGCCUAAUCGUGGGCCUUAGUACACUACGAGCUGAGGCCCAAUAGUAUUUUUUGUAACCCGAAAGUUCAUCGAGGAUGAUUGUAUCUUGGUCGUGGAAAUUCUAAUUUUUAUUUUCCCUGA